AUGAAUGCUGUCAACAUUGUGCUACUGGGUGGACGCUGGGCUGGAAAAAGCUCAUGUGGAAACACCAUUCUGAAUAAAGAGGUUUUUACCGUCGGGGAACAGAUCGAGGCCUGUGUCAUGGAAAAGGCUGAAGUGGCUGGGAUGCAAGUCACUGUGGUGGACACACCAAGCUGGAGCUGGGUCUCAGCUGAAGAUUCAUCAGAUGAACUAAAACAGGAGCUCAAAAGAAGUGUGGAGAUGCUUGAAGGAGGUUCCCAUGUCCUUCUACUCAUCCAUCCUUUGGGAUCCGCUUUUAUAAAACGACAUCAGAUAGCGUUCCAAGAACACCUGCAGCUUCUUGGUGCUGAUGUUUGGGACCGGUCCAUGGUUCUGUUUUCCAGAGGAGACUGGAACCCUAAGGUCAACAUGGAGCAGUACAUUGACAAAGCAUCAGAGGAACUCAAAUGGUUGAUGGAGAAAAGUAGCCACAGAUAUCAUGUUCUCAGUAAUAAGAACAGGAAUGAUCUGACUCAGGUCACUGAACUACUGGAGAAGAUCAAUCAGAUGAUUGGUAGGAGAAGGAGAAGAAGCAAAGAUUUUAGGCCCCCAGCAAUGGCACAGGAGGUUGAAGAGGCUUCUGGAGCCCAAGAGGAGACUAAGUGA